AUGCCUAAUCUAGCAGUUCAUGAUGCAGAUCGCAGUGUUCUGUUCGGCCCUUUGUACCCCGCGCCUCCACUUCCAACUUCCUACAUUAGCAUCAGCGGCUUUCUCACCGUAACUUACCACGACAGGACAGCCGAUUGGAAGGCCCUACAUCGUGAAGAUUUGCCGAAGCGAUAUGAACCAACCCGCCGAUCCAGGGACGAAACAGAACAAAAAACUAGCGUAGCCAUGGAAGAGUUCUCAGAUAGCACAAUUGCCACCGGUGUGCAUAUAUCAUUCAAGCCGCCGCCUGAACUUAUUGUGCUUUGGAAACUUGUCACGGAAAUUACCGUCAAAAUGGUGAAUAUUAUCGCCGUGGAUCUUCUCGCCCUGGCGACGAAUCCAAGGUAUCUUUCCACGCUGAUUACGACGAAUGUCUCAAAUCCCACUACGAUAUCUCUCCUAGCAUACAACUCAGCAUUCAUGACCAAUGUUCUCGGAGAAAGUGCAUCAGCGCGGCAACUGUACAAUCUAGAUUAUCAAGCCUUCCACGAAAUGGGGACCUACAACAAAGAAACAAACUCAAUGUACAUCACCAGCAACUAUGUGAGCCUAGAUAAUCCCAUUAACGUCACAAUUCUCGACCUCGGAAACAACUACAGUAUAAAAACGACCCACUAUACAAACCUUUACGAAGCCAACGGCGGCACGAACUGGUACCCCCCAGGCUCCGACACCUCGAACGGAAAUACACCACCACGUCUCCUCUUCUGUGAUGAAGGCGACUUCGACCACUUCUCCAGCCUUGUAUCCGUCGAUCCUGUCACUGGUGACAGCCAAGUUGUCGUGAACAACUUCCUCGGUCGUAACUUCAGCAGUGUCAACGACGUUCGCCAACAUCCCAUAACCGGAGACCUAUGGUUCACCGAUGCUGAUUACGGCUUCUUCCAGAACUUCCGGCCAAUCCCCACAAUCCCAAAACAGGUGUAUAGAUUCGAUCCCACCACGGGAGGAAUCGCUGUCGUGGCCGACGGCUUCGACCAAUGCAAUGGACUCGAGUUCUCCCCGGACUUAAAAACCCUAUAUGUCACUGACACCGGUGCACAGCACUUCAGUCCCAACCAAACACGUCCAGCGACGAUUUAUGCCUUCGAUGUUGUGGACGAAAAGCGUCUCGCGAACCGUCGAACCUUUGCGUAUGCGGAUAACGGCUUCCCGGACGGUAUUCACACUGAUAUGGAUGGGAAUGUUUGGGCGGGCUGUGGCGACGGCGUGCAUGUCUGGAGUCCUGACGGUGUCUUUUUAGGCAAGAUUUGGGUUGGGGUUACGAGUAAUAACUUUGCAUUCUUGCCAGGCGCGGUGUUAGUGUUUAGCAAUGCGCAAUUGUGGAUUGUGGAGAAUAUUAAGGCAGUUGGGAGGGAGGGUAGUUCAGAGUGUAUGAGAUGCUUGCUAGGUGCUCCGACAGUGGUACUUCCAUUGCUAUUCAUGUUAGAUACUCAAGGUAGCAGGCAUGAUCAGAGGACCGCGAGAAAAUCUUCACUGAUAAGGAAGAAGAAGCGAAAGUUUGCAUCAAACUUUGUCCAGCAACGCGGACGGUAUGCUGCAGAGCUCGAGAAGCUCAUUAAAGAUGAGAAGAAGGAGAAGGAGAAGAGGAAGGAGGAGGAGGAGGAGGAGGAGGAGGAGGAGGAGGAGGAGGAGGAGGUUGAGAAGCUAGGGAGGGCAAUUUUGGAGUAUGUGGUAUGCGAGGAGAUUCUGUAA